AUGCGUCGUUCAUUAUGGUUGCGUGUGAAGGACCCCUUCACGGUACUAGGGCUGACGCGUAGCGCCUCAAAGGCGGAGGUAAAGACGCGCUACCGCGAACUGGCGCGGCUGCACCACCCGGACGCGGGAACGGGUGAUAGUGCGAAGAUGGAGCAGAUCAACAAGGCGUACAACCUGCUGCUGAAGGAAGGUGUGUAUGAGCGGCUGCGUCUGAAACCGGCUGGGGCAAAGGCGCGUGAUGAUCCACGCCGCCCGAACCCCUUCUCGCAGGAUCAACAAGGAGAACAGGAGAAAAAACGGGGAGGAGCUGAAGAGGAGGUGCUGACAGAUGAAGAGGUGGCGAAGGUAAGUGCGCUCGACCCCGCCACGGAGCGUGUGGUGCCUGGUGGGAAGUACAUGUACCAGAGUCGCGACGACGGCAGCUGGGUGGAGCUGGACCGGCCGCUAGUGCACGCGCACCAGCCGCGCUACGCUUCCUUUGCGGCGCAGGCAGAGAUGUCCGCUGAGCUGCGCCGUCGGUCGAUGGAGAGGGAGAGGGAGGAGAACGCAAAGACGUUAUUUCAGCGUACGGUGGACCGGAUGAGCGAUAGUGCAGACUUGCCUACGCGCAAUCCGACGCUGUUGCGACUUUACUUUGUUCUGGCAGGGGUGGUGUUCUACUUGAUGUACCAGCGAGCAUUCAUGUGGGGUAAGCACCGACGUGGCCGUGCCAGCUUUUACAGCACGGUGGAGCAGCAGCGGCAGGAGCUCCUGAGUGUGUACGAGGAGCACCGCGACGGUCUGGAGGCAUCCGUCGCUGCCGCCGCAGUUGUGUUCCUCGCGGCGAGCGAGCACAAGCAGGAGGCGGACCCUAUCGUCCCGCCCACGCCGGAGAAGUACUUCAAGGGGGUGCAGCCACCGCGGGAGCAUUUCCAUGUGGUCUCUGGCGGAUAG